AUGUCUGAGAAAAAGAUGAACUCCAGCCGCAGGCAUCACCUGAAGAGCCUGAUCCUCCAGGUCGCUGGGAGCUUGCUCGAGCAGGAGAAAGCGGAUAAAAUAGCGGAGAAGGAGAACUACAUGUCCGAACACUGCACCUCCCCAGACACGGCUGGAGACCAGAACGUUCUCAUGGAGUUGUGCAAGAAACUCAAUGCCCUCAUUGACCAGGUCGAUGAGGAGAGGUAUGACGCCGAGGCCAAGGUGCUGAAGGCCGACAAGGAGAUUGAAGACCUGAAGAUCAAAGUGGUGGACCUGAGGGGUGUGAAGAAACCCGCGCUGAGGAAGGUCCGUAUGUCUGCUGACUCCAUGCUGCAGGCUCUGCUGGGCUCCAAGCACAAGGUGACCAUGGACCUGAGGGCCAACCUGAAGCAGGUCAAGAAGGAGGUCAAAGAGGAGAGCACAGAAGCAGUGGGGGACUGGCGUAAGAACAUUGAGGAUAAGGCUGACAGGAAGAAGAUGUUCGAGACCUCCUAA